AUGCUCCCUUCAAGAACCGCAACCCGUGCAGUAGCGCGUCAAUUGCGACCUCGCAAUACAUAUCGACAACUCCGAUUUGCAACCACAAAACAGCAAGCUGCUGCAGCAGGCGGUUCUUCUGGUCUCGUCGGUGGCCUCGCCGGCGGAGGCUUUGUUUUCCUUGCAGGCUAUUCCUACUAUCACUUCUCCGGCGCAAAGUCGAUCGUCAAUGCGGCCUCUUCCACCAAACAACAACUCACCUCCCUCACCAAAUCGAUUCAAAAUUCCUCACCAGAACCAAACGAAGCGCUGCAAUGGCUCAAGUCCACAGCCACCAGCUACGCGGCAUUCAUUCCCGGUGCCAAGCCGUAUGUGGACAGCGCGUUCGGGGAUCUAGAGAAGAUCCAAGAGAAGCACGGCGAUGAGGUGAACAGGAUCGUCGAAAGAACCUAUGGAGAGUUGAAAAGCGCAUCCAAAUCUGGCGUUAGCAUGGAAACUGCCACCAAAAGUUGGGAAAUCCUGGAAAAAGCUAUCACAGAACUCGGUGAGCUGGCGUCCGAUUCCGCGAGCGAGAUAUUGGAUCGCCAUCCGAAGUUGAAGGAACAAGUUGGCGGGAAUCUCGACAAGUUGAAGGAGAUGACUGAUGGGUAUGGUGGUGAGGAGGCGAAGAAGGAGUUGGAGCAGACGUAUACGCAGAUCAAAGACGUGAUCAAGGGUGGCUUCUCGGCAGACAUGAUUGCGAAAGUCAAGCAAGUUAUAGAAGAGAAGACGGAGAAGGUUAAGAAGCUUGGGGAUGAAGCGUGGAAGAAGGGGCUUGAGCAGGCGAAGCCGUAUUUGGAUAAGAACCCACAGGUCAAGGAGAUGGUAGAGAAGAAUGCGGACACAUUGAAGUCAGGGAAUGUCAAGGAGGUAUUUGAGAAGGUGAAGAAGGCGGCGGAGACGGGGAAUUUGGAGGAUUUGAAGGGGUUUGUGAAGCAAGCGGGAGAGAAGGCGAAGAAUAGUGGGGUUGGGCAGAGUAUUGAGCAGUAUGCUAAGAUGAUCCCUGGGGGAAGUGAGAUUGUGCCACAGCUGGUUAAGUUGAAAGAGGUGGCAGAGAAGAGGGGGGAGCAGGGGGAGGGGAUUUUGAUGGGUGCGUAUGAAGAUGUGAAGAAUGUCUUGCGGAGGAGGAUAGGGGAGGCCGAGAAGUUGGCUGAGAAGGCGAAGGACGAUGCCAAGAGGUGA